UACGAUCCGAGCGCCACGUCAGAAUAAAAUCAACGGACCAGAUCUCCCCGAUCGCCUUUAAAAUCAUCGUCACCUUCGUCUAUCAAACGAAUCUCUCUCUCCACAAAAACAUAACUUGACUCGAGCCAUGGGCAUACUUGAUCAUCUCUGGGAUGAUACCGUCGCUGGUCCUCGGCCGGAGAACGGCCUUGGCAAGCUUCGGAAACACCAUACCUUCAGUUUCCGGCCUAGCUCCGGCAAUGAUCAAUCGGACGGUGGAGAUUCACCGGAAGAGGCUCUGAAAGUGACACGCAGCAUCAUGAUAAUAAAACCACCAGGGUACCAAGGCGGUUCAGCUCCGGUUUCGCCGGCCGGUUCAACCCCACCGGUUUCUCCUUUCUCUGCAAACGCAGGAGGAAAGGAACCCUUUCGGUUCAGGAGACGCUCGACCUCGGACGCGUUCGAGAAGGGACCAGGAUCAGAGAAUGGACCAAGGAACUCUCCUCCUACUUACGGCGUGUGAUCUAUAAUCUCUAACCCCAAAUCUCAAACUAGAGAAGAAGAAGAAGAAGAAGAAACAGAGUAGCCCCUGAAGCGCUUUCGUUUUGACACAUCAAGUGGUCGUUGCAUGCAGAGUUCGUCUUUCUUACUUUUGUAGGCUAGAGAGGUUCUCUUUUGUUUAUGCGUGUGUGAGGUUGUUCCCGUGUUUGUGAUUGCCUCUCUGUUUUUUUUCUCUCUUUUUGUUUGUUUUUAUAUGUCAUCUAUUCGCAAUACUUCAACGUGUCUGUACAUAUUUGCUGCAAUGAUAAUAAACAUAUUAAUGUA